AUGUGUCUGUGGAUUUUAACAGCAUGUUUGGGGUUACUGCCAGGAAAUCCCUCACCUGCUGUGGUAGUGCCCGCCGCACCCGCGCCUAUUAUUGUACCUACAGCAGCACCAACGACUACUACCACUACUACUACUACAAGUACUACAACAACUACUACAACUACGACAACCCCUGCUCCUACGACGAUUCCGACCACGUUGCCAACACAACCACCGACAACUGUAACGACAACGACACCUCCACCGACGACUUUACCAACUACGACGACGACAACAACUCCGGCUCUUACUACUACUACCCCAUCUCCUGUGAUAACGGCAGUAAAUCCAAACAUAAGUGGAUAUCUAGUACCACUUGUCAUUUGUGCUAAUCCCACUGUUGUAUGUUUAUAUAAUCCUAAUGAAUCAACUACAGGACCGCUGCCGAUCGACCCCCGGCUCGGGACUACACCGCCUUCAGCAGCGAUCAAAUUGCCACCCAUUAGUGGUUACAGUGCACCUCUGCCAACGUCAGACUCUGCCGUUAAGUUUCCUAGAUCACGCAGGAAUGUAAACAAUAAGAAGAUGAAGAUUAUACCAGAUGUAUUCAAUAUUAUCAAAAAAACAGACGGCAUACACAAUAUUACGAAAAGACAAAGCUGCGCAUGUGUACUUGCUGGAACUUGCAUUCGCAAUGUAAUAGACAUCAGAAUUGUUACCCCACCGGGGCAGUGUUCUGCUGGACAAGAAUACUGCUGUGGUAACGCAACUGACGUUGAACCAUCGAUUAUAAGUUGUGGUGUAAGACAGGAGGUUCCUUCGUCACCUGUAACAACAGCACCUGGACAGGCCAGUUUUGGGGAAUUCCCUUGGCAGGGAGCUGUCAUAACAGUGGAGAAUUAUUAUGGUGGAGGUGUACUUAUAGAUGGAUUAAAUGUAUUAACCGUGGCUCAUAAAACAGAAUUUUCAGAAAUACCUGUUAAUUACACAGUACGUUUGGGAGAAUACGACGGUAAUACACCAGAUCCAGUACCUUAUCAAGAGUACUUAGUAUCGAAAGUGAUCCGCCAUCCUUCAUAUAAUCCUAAUACGCUGCAGAAUGACAUAGCAGUGUUAAGAUUGGCUUCAGCAGUACCGUUCUCUCCUACUGCAGGGUCCGCAGUGACUAUCAAUCGAGCAUGUUUACCACCAUCAACAACUAGCGAUUAUACAGGACAAAGGUGUCUAGUAGCAGGCUGGGGCUUUCAAGUAUUUGGUCCAGAAGGUUAUAUUCAGGCUACAAUUAAGAAGGUGGACGUGCCUAUAAUCGACCCGGAAACAUGCCAGUCACUGCUACGAACCACUCGCCUCGGCCCCAACUUUACUUUAGAUUCUGCUUCAUUUAUAUGCGCAGGAGGAGAAGAGAAUAAAGAUGCAUGUACUGGUGAUGGCGGUUCUGGUCUUGUCUGCGAAGUGGACGGAAAAUGGGUACUAGUGGGCCUAGUCGCGUGGGGCCUCGGCUGUGGAGACACAAAUGUUCCCGGAGUAUACGUCAACGUUGCCACCUUCCUGCCCUGGAUAAAUGAACAAAUCGCCGCGCCAUGA